UCUCGUUGGCCUUGAAGGUUGCCUGGCAGCCCAGAGCCUGACUGGAUUUCGGGAUGGGGGAGGACUGUAGGAUUUAUUCUGGUUACUCUGGCUGCCUCGUAAAGGAAGUGCUGCUCUCUGUCCCUUGACUAUGGCAGAAGCGCAAGUCACUUUUCUUAUUGUUAAGAAAAGGCUCCUUUGUGAGUGGAAUAAGCUCAGCACAGAAGUUAACACAGCUGAAGCUGCCUGGUGUAAGGCGAAAAGGACUUGCGUCCCAGGCGCAUUCGCUUCAGCAGUAAACCCCAUGGAGCUGAGUUAAGCGUAGUGCGGAUUGUGCAGUUGGAAACGCAGCUGUAAAAAAAUGCAUUCAUGUGCUAUAGGUCUCUGUAAUAUGUUAAAUCUUUCAGUACCCUUCAGUUAUUAGCGAAUGUUGAAUUUCUUUCCCUUGCAAGGGGCGGCGCCCAUAUUCUUUUUGUUUAUCUCUGUUUUGAAUCUUCCCCUGCUCUUCCCUUCCUUUAAGUGUUUUGGUUUUUUUUUUAACAUUCUUUUUAUGGAAAAUAGAAUUGAGUUGUAAUUAAAGUCACUGGAGCACAGCCGGGCUGUAGUAAUAUACACAGCUCCUUUGCCUAGAGUCAGGUAAAGAUUUGGGUAGCAAAGUCUGCUUGCUGAGAAAUCCAUGCUAGGAGUAGACCCUUUGCAUUUUAAACUGUAACACUGUUUAUGUUUUUCAUAUGGUAACUCAAAUCUAAAUUUGUUUUAAGUCAAUAAACGUUGUGUAGGCUUAGGUCCUGGGAAUAAUAAAAAGCCCCCUUUACACUGGAGCCUGGUUUUCGUGUGACCUAAUAGAGAAGCUGUCUAAAAACGGAUCUCCCUGACUUAAGACAAAAUGAAUGCAUCAUCACUGCUGCUACGAUUUCCUCCCUACCAGUUUUUAAAGACUACUAAGAAAUCUUCUUUGAAUAGUUUUUGUUCGAGAUUCCUUCUAGGAUCUACUUUUCCAUAUGGCCGACAGGCUAAUUUGCUACAUCCUCGUUUUUCAAGGCAAAUGAUGAUAUCUUCAAAGGGCUUGAAGACUGGCCUGUAUUGUCCAGCAACAGUAGAUCAACAAAUGCAGGAGCUCUCUGCUAAGGAGCAAAGACUUUUAGAUAAACUGUACAAUGGGCUUAUCCAUGGGCACAGGGCCUGCUUGGCAGAAGCCAUUACUCUCAUAGAAUCCACACACAGCAGGAAAAAGGAGAUUGCACAGGUGCUCCUUCAGAAGGUACUAUCCUACCACAGAGAACAAGAACAGUUAAAUAAAGGAAAGCCGCUAGCCUUUAGAGUGGGGUUAUCUGGCCCUCCUGGUGCCGGGAAAUCAACAUUUAUUGAAUGCUUUGGGAAAAUGCUCACAGAAAGAGGACACCGAGUGUCUGUAUUGGCAGUGGACCCUUCCUCUAGUACAAGUGGUGGAUCACUCUUGGGUGAUAAAACCCGAAUGACUGAAUUGUCAAGAGACAUGAAUGCUUACAUCAGGCCAUCCCCAACCAGAGGAACACUGGGUGGUGUGACACGGACCACAAACGAAGUCAUUCUGCUGUGUGAAGGAGGAGGCUAUGACAUUGUUCUCGUAGAAACAGUAGGCGUGGGCCAGUCAGAGUUUGCUGUUGCUGAUAUGGUUGAUAUGUUUGUGUUGCUGUUGCCACCAGCAGGAGGUGAUGAAUUGCAGGGUAUCAAACGAGGAAUCAUUGAGAUGGCAGAUCUUGUUGCUGUCACCAAAGCUGAUGGAGAUUUAGUUGUGCCAGCACGGAGAAUUCAAGCAGAAUACAUCAGUGCCCUGAAAUUACUUCGUAAGCGCUCCAAGAUUUGGAGCCCAAAGGUCAUGCGUAUCUCUGCCAGGACUGGAGAAGGCAUCUCUGACAUGUGGGAUAAGAUGACAGAAUUCCGAGAGCUCAUGCUUGCAAGUGGUGAGUUGAUCACCAAACGGCGGAGACAGCAAAAAGUGUGGAUGUGGAACGUAAUCCAAGAAAACGUACUGGACCAUUUCCGGAGUCACUUGGCAGUGAGAGAUCAGAUUCCGCUUCUGGAGGAGAAGGUUGUCAGUGGGAUCCUGUCUCCAGGGCUGGCCGCAGACCUAUUGCUGAAUGCUUUUAAAGGGAGAUCCUAACGCUGAUAUCAAAUAUCAACAUAAUUUUUUGUAAGGCAUCUUAAUUUAUACUUCAAUGAACUUCACACUUUGUCUGAUAGAAACUGAUCUGAAAAUGUAAGUCAUUCCUGUUUUCUUAAACCAUGAUGUGUCACAAUACUGUGCUUUAUGGAGCUAUUGCAUUAUUGAUUGGAAGUCACGGUUAAUUUGCCAGGGAAUACUAGUGACCACUGAAGAAUGUAAAUUUUUGCCCCGGGCUGACAACUGGCACUAUGACAAGUGACAUAGCGUAGCACUGGUCAUGCAGUUUUUAUUGUUAGCUCUCCCCUCUCCCCCAGCUAUUUGUACAAUUCCAAUUUACUAUUAACGUGGUAGAGUGAAUUGCAUGUUGGUUUGUCUUUCAUGUAAUUCAAGACUUCAGUUUCAUUUAUACAGCUCCAAUAAGGUAAUUUGGAUUAAAAAUGGGUGGUCCAAAUCUUUACCUCAACAACAUAAUAAAGUGGUUUUGCAGAGAAGUACCUCAAACCAGUAGCAGCCCCUGAUCCUGUGUAUGUUGUUCUGGUUGGAGCCACCAGAAGAGUUCACACAAGGUGUUGGUGGGGAGGAUCUUUGCUGCCUUUCCCUUCCUCAAGCCUCCCGCUGUUGUUGGUCCCCAGAGUCCUUUCUGAGGAUUAGUAGAGAAUUGCCUCUCUUUCUCUCUUCUGUUGAUGUAAGCUUCAAUGGAAGGGGGGCAGUGAUAUGACUUUAUUCACCGUUAUUAGAGGGAAUGAAGUAAUUCGAGUGAGGAAAUCUUCAGCUCCUUCCAUUUCCUCCUCCUCUGUUCUUGAUCCAGCCCCAUGUCUCUGUUUUAUGUGAAUAUGCCUUGCUUAGUACCUUCUGCCACAAAUUGUGGGGACAGGCUCUACUUGUAUCAAGGUAUGAGUGUAUAGGCUUCGGUUCAUGUUACGUUUGUAGCCUUGUGCAUGUGUACUUGUGAAUAAGCCCAAAACAUAGUUGGACUUGCUUCUGAAUAAACGUGCAUAGGAUUGGUCUGUAACUGUUUACUCUGAUUUGUGGGAUGUCUGUCGUGUUGCCAACAUACAGGUAAUGCCAAUUGGGAAACUUCAUCGACAACCUUGGAGGGAGUGACUCAGUUUAACUGCAAGAAGAGGAAGAAGAGGAGGCGAUUUAAAAGAAUAUGAGGAAAGCCUCACAAUGCAAAUGCUUCCCCAGGAAUACAGUACCUGGUGUCAGAGAUAAGAAAAGGCUCUAACACUACUAGAGUCACAGCCUUCUAAAUCCAUUGAUUUGAGGUGACUUAGAACUCUGCUUGGAAUUCCCCUCCUGCCACCCUUUGGACAAGGCUGCACCCCUCAAACCUGAUUUUCUCCUUCCACUAAAGUUGCUUGAAUGAUUUGCUGUUGUCUGGCUGUUCCAUUAAGUUCAGCAGACUAAGUUGUUGACGGCAACAACCGAAAGGAAACAAUCAGCAGACUUAUGUAAAAUUGCUACUUUACAGCUCAUGUCCUCAUGGCCAAGUAUCUGUUCUUGGCUCCCGGGGUGCCUUUGCCCUUCAGCCCUCUUUCUCCUGAAGCCUUUGAAGAGAUCAAAAGCUGUGCUGGCAAGGUCUGGAAACAGCUCAGGCAGACAGACAAGAACUGUGCCUCGACCUAUGGUGGAGCUUAUGGAAAUAAGGCACUAGAUGCAGCCACCAGUUGCCAUGUGGCUCCCUCCUCUCCUACCAGAAUACACAAGCCUCAUCCACCACCGUGAGCAUUUUCUUGGGUAGACUAGAUCUUGGGGAAAUAAGCCUUGGAAGAAAAUGAAUGGCUUGCAGGAGACACUGGAUAAUGGAGGUGCCAUGAAACUGACUCUGCUACCUCCCCCUCCCUUUGUGGAAAUGUGGGUCAGGUAGUGAAAUCAAAGAGGACAGGCGAGGACUAUUCUGGAGCUCUUGUAGCCCUCUCUUUGUCUUAUCCGGUGUUGUUUUUGAAUCAACACUCCUUACAAUAUUGGUCAGGGUGGUGCUAUGGUCAGUGGGUACUAUGUAAUAAAAUUGUUUAUUCAUUUAUACCCUGCCUUUCUCCCUAAGGGGGGGACUCAAAGUGAUUUACAUUGGUCUCCUCUCCAUCAUUUUUAUCCUCACCACAACCCAGUGAAGGGGAUUAGG